AUGCCUCAAGAAAAACAAUUAACAACAGGACAAAACUUUUUAUUUGGUGGAUUAUCAGGAUGUUUAGCAACUGUUAUUAUUCAACCAACAGAUUUCUUAAAAACACGUAUGCAAUUAUUAGGAGAAGGUCAAGGUAAAGGAUCUUCUAAUUUUGUUCAAGUUGCAACUAGUAUUGCAAAGAAUGAAGGAAUUUCUACUUUUUAUAAAGGUUUAUCUGCUGCUUUAUUUAGACAAGUUACUUAUACUACUACUAGAUUAGGUGUUUUUAAUACUUUAAUGGAUUUUUUAUCAAAUAAAAAUAAUAAAUCACAACCUAAUUUUGCAACUAAAUUAGGAUGUGGUAUGAUAGCAGGUGGUAUAGGAGCUAUAGUAGGUACACCAGCAGAUUUAUCAUUAAUUAGAAUGACAAGUGGUAGAUAUAAUUAUUCAAAUAUAUUUGAUGCAUUAUAUAAAAUUAGUAAAAAUGAAGGAAUAUUAAAUUUAUGGAGAGGAUGUAGUCCAACUGUCAUUAGAGCAAUUGUAUUAAAUGCAGCACAAUUAGGUGUUUAUGCACAAGCUAAACAAUCAUUAUUAUCAAGUCAAUUAAUUGCUAAUGAUGGUUUAUUAUUACAUAUAAGUGCUUCUUUAAUUGCUGGUUAUGUUUGUACUGUUGUUUCUAUUCCUGUUGAUUUGGCUAAAACUAGAUUACAAUCAAUGCAAAAAUCAUCAAAUUCAAUACAAUAUACUGGUAGUAUUGAUGUUAUUACAAAAACUAUUAAACAUGAAGGUUUAUUUAGUUUAUGGAAGGGUUUUUGGCCUUACUUUUUCAGAUUAGGUCCACAAACUAUUUUCACUUUCUUAUUUUUAGAACAAUUUAAAAAUCAUUUUGGUCAUUAA